UCUGUUUAUUAUUUGAAGUAUUUAAAAUGAGAUUAAUUUUUAUUGUCGUAUAUAUUAAUACGAUAUCUGCUAUAAAAUCUGAAGAAAUUGAACCUACAGAAAGUAAGAAAUAUUUACGUUAUUUUAGAAGACAGUUGGAAGAAGUAAUUGAAGAUAAUGUUACAGAAACAGCGACUGUUGAUGAUCGAUAUUUAGUAUCAUUCCUAAUUAAAAAUGUAAAAAAGAUUUUUAAUGACUUAUAUGACACUGACUCUACUAAAGUCACUACUAUAUCAAAUAUCGAGGCCAUUAAAAAUAAUGUUUUAAAACUUCCUACUCGCAGCACUUUAUUGUACUACGUGAAUACCGCGUCAACCAUAUUUAAUUAUGAUAACUCUAGUAUUACGUCUUUGACCAAUACAAUGCCUUUAAAAGAUAAUUCUACUUCAACUACAUUUAUAAAUGAAAAUGAAACUUUAGCACAGUCUUCAGAUGACUUUUUUGAAGUAACUGAAAAAAAUGAAUUGAUCCAUCUAUCAAAAAAUUUAUUGUUUUUUGAAACAGAUCAACAGGACUUUAAUAUACUGCAAAAUGUGGAUGCAUAUUCACUGAAUGCAUCCGGAUUGGACAUCCUUGAUUCAAGAAGAUCAUGCAUAGCGUGCAAUAAUGUUGUAUCAGAGAAUUGCAAUGAUCCUAAAAACAAAUUAAUUUCAUCGACGAUAUGUGCACGCGACGACGACCUUUGCUAUUCACUGCACACUCCAUUUGGGAUAAUCGAUCGCGGCUGUUUCAAUACGAAUCACAACCUAACUACAUACGUGUGUUCGUGUAAUCUAUGCAACUACAUAUCAAUUUCUGAAAUGCCAUACAUAUUUUCAAAGAAGCGAGAUUGGAUUGAGAAUGUCGUUGAGCUAUCACGUACAAGACAUUUUAGAAAAUCAGUCUUUAAGGAUAUGUCGUGCUUGAAAUGUGAAGUCAAUAUGACAACUAGUACAGGAGAUAUACUCGACAAAGCUAACUGCCUUGAGGGCAAUGUCGGUACACUACCUAUACAUGAGUGCAAAAAAGAUGAAAUAUGCGUUGUUAAAGCUAUUAAAAGUGAUGGAUAUAUUUGGAGAGGAUGUAUCAAAGGCCCAUUAUAUAACUAUUGGUGGACAUUUUGUGACAGCGAUCUUUGUAACUAUGAUGCUAUUGCUUCUAUAUACGACACUGAUUGACAUUGAUAUUGGCUUUCUAAUAAUAUUUUUUUAAAUAUAUUUUUAUUUUAUUUUUACUGAUUUUUUUUUUACGGUGACAUGUAAAGGUGAAACAACAUUCACUUUUAUUAUUUUUUGUUGUUUUUUGUAAUUUAGUCAAAUAAUAAUCCAAUAUUUUUUUUAACUCGAUAUUAUUAUAUAUUUAAUAUACAUAUUAUUAAAACUUGAAGAUCAUAUUCUAAUAUUUAUUUUAUGAAUGUAGUAAUUGUGAAUUUAUUAUUUGAGGCGGAGUUUGAACAUUUUUAUUCUUUAACUGACAAAGCGACACUAAGUACUUUAUUGAAAGUUUCAUGUGGGGUACAGCAUUGAAAUAUUGACCUGGUUAAAACAUA